AUGUUGCCUCCUGUAGCCAUGCCACCACCGCGCAGCAUCGACCAGAAACCACCGGGCAGCAUUCUCCUGCCACCACCGUGCAGCAUGAAGCUGGAACAAUUGCGUAAAUUGGACAUGGCACACCAUCGCCGCCUGCUCCUGACACCACAGCGCCACAUGAACCUGCCACCACCGUGCAGCAUGAACCAGCCACUGCCGUGCAGCAAGAACCUGCCACCGCUGUGCAGCAUGAACCUGCCACCUCCGUGCAGCAUGGACCUGCCACCAAUGUGCAGCAUGAAUCUGCCUCCUCCGUGCAGCAUGAACCUGCCUCCUCCAUGCAGCAUGAACCUGCCUCCUCCGUGCAGCAUGAACCUGCCACCACCGUGCAGCAUGAACCUGACACCAUAUUGCAGCGUGGACCUGCCACCACCAUGCAGCAUGAACCUGCCUCCUCCGUGCAGCAUGAACCUGCCUCCUCCGUGCAGCAUGAACCUGCCACCAUAUUGCAGCGUGGACCUGCCACCACCGUGCAGGAUGGACCGGCCACCAUUGAGCAGCAUGGACCUGCCCCCACUUCUCUACCUGGACCUGACGAUACAUUGCCGCAUGGUCCUGUCCCUACCAUGUAUGUAA